AUGGCUGGUCCACCAUCCUUCAUCCUGCGCCUCCUGGUGAUGGUCUCUGUUCUGGGGCCCGGCCCCAUCCAGGGUGCAACUCGCAAGCCCGCCAAGCCCGCAGGGCCGACACGACCUGUGCCCUUUGGCUUUGGCUCCAAAGCCACCGGCGGCGGGAGUGCCGCCCCUCAAACCCCAAAGGAUCCCGCCGAACUGCAGGCCUGGCUGGCCGACAGCGUGCCGAGAGUCAUCCUGAUCGACAAGACUUACGACUUUACUUCGCCUGCUAAGAUCACCGCCCAGGGAUGGUAA